CCUUGUAGAAUAACUUGUUUCAGAAUAUUUUUUUAGAAAUACUGGUCCCCUCGAUGGCCACAAACAGCCUAAUUGUCCCCCUGACCACCUUUCUGACCACAGGCAGCCUAGUUGUUCCCCUGAUCACCUAUACAUCAUCUCACCUGAUUUUAAGGCGAAGGUGAUUUUUCAAUUGACUAGGAUGAUUGGUCUGAUGGCAAUUUUCUAAACGAUUUGUAUUAUGGUGGGUGCAAAGGGGAUUUUCCUAGGAAUAAGGAUGAGAGCAGGUCCGAAGGCGAUUUUUCAAGCGAUUCGGGUGAUAGUGGGUCCAAAGUCGAUUUUUAAAGCAAUUCGGGUGAUGGUGGGUCAAAGGCGAUGUUUAAAGUGAUUCGGGUGAUGGUGGGUCAAAAAGGCGAUGUUUAAAGCGAAUUCGGGUGAUGGUGGGUCAAAAAGGCAAUGUUUAAAGCGAAUUCGGGGGAUGGUGGGCUGAAUCCGGUUUUUCAAGCCAUCUAAGUCAAGUUCAUGUUCAAGUUCACCGGUUAGCUUGUCGCAUACCCCUUCCAUGUCUCUAGCUGUGCCCCAGCAAGUGCACGGCUUGCCAGUCACAUGGCAGCAGGUUGCACUCCCACUCACCCCCGUUUCCUCUGACCUGCCAUCGAGGUAUCGGGGGAGGUGAAGAAUUGUUGGAUUGGAGAGCACUGUGAUAACAAAGAGACACUUGGAAGACUCACCCCCAAGUCCCAAGUCCCAAAAUAGAUACAAAGCGAUUGCUAGUAAAAGAGACACUUGGAAGACUCAGACCCCCAAGUCCCAAGUCCCAAGACAAGAGAUAUAAAGACUUUCUGAGUGAAAGAGACACUUUAAAAACCCCGAUAAGGGGGAGAAAGAAAGGUUUCAGGAUGGGUGUGGAAACCUGUCCGCUUUGCCUGCGGAUGUAUGCUCGGCUAAGCCAGCACUUGACAGUGACGCACAAAGUGGAGAAUAAGCAAGAGAGGAAGCUGCUCCUGGCACUGGAGUCUGGCCGAGUUGAUGCCAGGGCUGGCAUGUGUCCCGUGCCAGCCUGCGGAAAAUUCUCAAGCCGGCUUGACCGGCACAUCAGGACUCAUAGUGAAAUUUCCCUGGUGGCGCAGGAUGAGGCUCUCCGGUUGUGCAAGAGAAGACAGAUCCUGAGCAAGCUCACUGUGCUCAGGGCCACGAACCCAGAUGUUCCCAUGGUUUCCACUCUCGACUUGGAGGAGCUGCAGGAGUUGGAGGAAGCCACCUUCCAUCCUGACGAGGAGGAGCUGGAGGAGGAAGAAUGUGCCAACCAAGGCUGCAAACGGCAAAAAGACUUGCUGAGGACCCAAGUGGUCGACCUGAAUCAACAGGUAGACAUAUUAACAGACAGCCUCCGGAAGGUGACCAGGCGAUACCGAAUCUUAAAAAGGAGGUCUGCCAGCCUCGGUGCGCAGCGAACAGGGCAGGUGGUCUGGAAGCUCCUAUCUUCUCUUGGACCAGAGGAAGAGGACGACACCCCAGUCAACCCUGCUGCCCCCGCUGACCCCGCCGACCACGACCAGGCCACCUCAGCUGGUGAACCGUCCAGUUCUAAGCAGUCCAUCGAGCAAAAGGAUAAAGUCGGUGAGGAGCAACCGUCGGCAAGUGGCAGUCAGCAGUCACCUGAGAAAAGCCCUCCCCCCUAUCCAGCCCACGUGUCAGCACUCAGUGAGUAUGCCUUUCCUCUAACUGUUUGUAUCUUUUGCAAAUAUCGAUUUCUAAUCUCUCUUUGCCUUGUUUGUGCAGAUGACAUGUUAGAGGAUUAUCGCCGCUUCAAGGAAGGCCCAGAUGCCAGCUAUAAGCUGAAGGAAAAUGUAAGCUGCCAGGUGUACAGGAUCAAAAAGUUCAUUGCUUACAUGUCAGAGGGAAAAAGCAAGCUGUCCGACUUUCUCUUCCUGAACAACAAAGCAAAAAUACACAUGUGGGUUAGCUCCCUCCGUCAGGCCCACAUGACGGUCACCACCCUACAACACUACGUACUGAACGUGGGAUGCUUCAUGCAGUACCUGGCGGAGACCCCUCCGCCAUCGUGCCGGCUGUCCAAGCAGUCGCUGAUCGGACUUCGACGGGAGAUAGCAGCGAUAAGAAGGUCUUUGAAGAGGGGAGUGGCCAUUCACCAGACGGCGGUGAAAACCCAAAAAGAGGAGCGAGUGAUUUCAAAAGCCAUCCUCCUGAAGUGCCGGGAACUGGCAGCCAAGGCAAUACCCGACCUUCUGAGCCUCUUGGAAAAUGACCCGAAUCAAAAGAACCAAUGGCAGUUCUACGGGCACUUUGCUGCAUUGUUGUCAGCUCUUUAUGGUCACAGAGGCGGGGUAUUCCAAAACAUUACGAUGCAGGAGGUGUUGGGGGCACAAAGGUCCGUCUCGGAGAAGGCUUACCUGAUUAACGUGACAAGCCACAAAACCAAUCAAUAUUUUGGCCCUGCUCAAAUUGCCCUAACAGAGGAGGAGUGGGGUUGGGUGCAGCGCUUCUUAAGCAUCAAGGACAAGCUGCCAGGGGGCACGAACCCAAAAUACUUGUUUUUCACAUCAACACCCAACCCCUGUAAAAACCUAAAUAAUUACUUCCAGGACGCCUGGAAGUCAAUGGGCCUACCCGGGUGUCCCACCUUCACAGACGUGAGAAGCUCCAUCGCCAGCCACGCCAGGUUUACGCACUCCACAGAGGACCGGCUCAAAAUCUCCAAGUUUAUGUGCCACGACCUGAGGACAGCCGACAAAUUCUACGUGGUGAACCUCUCUGCCCAGCAGGCCAUGGAGCACCGCCGUCUGUUCGAGAGUGCUUUAGAGGGAGCAGAAAAGAGCCCAUCGAAGCAGCGUCCCGAGAAAAGGAAGAGGCCUUCGAAGUCCGAGAAGAGCAGAAAGAAGCGGCACCAGAGGCCUCCAGACGAGUCACCAAAGAGCACCAACUCAGAAGAGCUGGUGCUACAGCUGCAGGAAUCCGGCACAUCAAGUCUCGAGGGCACUGAGAGUGAAAGAACGGCCGGGGAGGACGGCCAUUGAAAAGCGCAAGAGGUGUAAAUAGAUACUUUUGCACCACACAAUGCACUUUAUUGGACUGAACUAUUUUGUUAAACCUUACAUUGCACUUUAUUUGUGUGAACUGUUCUGUUAGACCUCACAUUACACUUUAUUUGUGUGUACUGUUCUGUUACGUUUCUACUUAAAUGCUGUGAUUGUUGUUUCCAUUGUUUAUUGUGAAACCAGUGUUCAAAUGUUUGUUCCUUCAUUAGUGUUCAAUAAAACAACUUGUUAUUUC